AUGAUUCAAACUACAAUUACCUUUAAAUAUAGUAGAAAGAAUCAUGAACAUCACCUUCCGAGUGGUGAAUUAAACAUUGAUGUAUUAAAACAUUUCGGAGGGAUCAAUGAUUCUUCAAACGCCUCAAGUACUUCAACUACAACCACUGAUUAUACACCAUCAUUAACAGAUAUGAUCACUGCUACUGCUAAAUGUUUGCAGGAAUCCUAUCCAUCCUAUAGACAUCUUACUAUUGGAGAUAUUGUAUUUGGUUUGGGAUGUUUAGCUAAAGAACAUGCUAGACAAGAUCUUAUCACUCAGGAUUUAGCCUUUCCCUAUGAAUAUGAAAGGAGUAAGGCUGAGGAGGAGCCCACCGAUGAAGAAUACAAGUGGUGGAAUGAACAUUGUGGAAUUAAUUAUUCAAUUCCAAUUCUCAAUGAAAAGGAAGAAAAGGAAAGAAGAGAUGAAGAAUUACAAGAGAAAUUAUUAUUUGCAAAGAGAAUGGUUUAUUAUGCUAAUUUAGCUUAUGCAAAUGUUGCUGAUGAAAGUGAGAGAAAUUUAAUUGAAAAAACUAUAUUUGAGGAAUAUGAAAGGAGGAACAAUUGGUUUUCAGGAAAACCAAAAUAUACUAAGGAAGUUUUACGUUAUUUGGAAUCUCUUAGAUUUGAAAAGAAUGUUCAAUAUUAUGUAAAUAAGAAUGCAACACACCAACAAGCCUUUUUUGUAAAGUUAGAUCAUGAGACCAAAUCUGUAAUUAUUGCCCUGAGAGGAACUUCAUCUGUCGAUGAUAUAUUUACCAAUUUAACUCUUGAAAAUUCAACAUUAAAAGUUCACAGAUAUUAUGGAGAUUAUAAGAGAACUGAGGAAAAGAGACAACAUUUGAUUAAGACAGCAAAUCUUACCAGUGCUGUGACAGUUCGUGAUGAUGCUCAAUCAUGUUCUCAGACAGAAAAUCCAUCUGAAAAUUAUUGUGAAACUGACUCUACUGAAGCUAUGAUUGAAGGAAAGGUCCAUGCUGGAUAUAUCAAUACAGCAAGAUGGGUAAUUGGUAAAAUUGAAGAUUGUUUACUUAAUUUCAUAUUCAAUGGAACAAAUCCUUACUCCAAUUAUAGAAUUAUUUGUACAGGGCACUCAUAUGGCGGUGGAUUGGCCAGUGUAGUUGCCAUUUUACUUAGAGAAUUAUUCCUUAAACGAUUCAAAUCUCAUCACAUUACAACAAGAGAACUGGGUACAACCCUAGUUACACCAGAGCCUCCUCUCCCAGAUAUUGAAGCUAUAAGUUAUGCAUCAAGUUCUGUAUUCUCAGAAAAUUUAUCGAAUUGGUGUCGAUCAUUUGUAACUACAUUCAUUAUUGGAGCUGAUAGACUCAGAUUGGAAAUCAAUCAAACGAAUUGGGAGGAAAAGCUAGCUAAAUUCUUUGAGGAGCAUUCAAAGAUUGCUAAUGUGGCAACUAAAUUGGAUGGAUUUUUGCUUGACAAGGGAUAUGUCCCAAUAUUCCAAACUAAAAAGACCUUGAUUACAUCUUCUUCGAAAGUAAAUCUCAGUCUAGAGGAUGGAACAAUCGAGAUGGAUAACUCUGAAAGCAAAAAAGCAGUUACAACACUUCUCAAUGAGAUGAAUGAAAUGAAUACGAAUAUUACUACGUUGUAUCCUCCAGGUACUAUCUUUUUAAUAAUACCAGAUUUGGAGCAGAUGAAUUCAAAAGAUAGAAAGAAGAAAGACCUAUCCGAAGCAUUAUUUUCAGUAUUCAAUGAAAAGAUAUUUGUUGAUGAAGAACCUGAAAACCCAGCUGAAGCUCCAAAGACUACAGAACCUAAAGAAGAAAAAUCCCUCUUCUCCUCUCUUGUUUCUACUGUUAAGACUGUCUAUACUACUGUUGUGGAAAAUAUUAAGGAAGAAGAAGAAAAUCCAUAUUUGGCUAAAUUUGAACUGCAUGAUUUGAGAUCAUAUGUACAGCCAAAACAUACAACCGUGCCAACAGAAUUGAAAUUUUAUUUGAAGAGGGUGGAUGUCAAACAAUUCGAAAGAAUAAUCUUAUCAAGAUUUUUGUUUUCACAUCAUUCCCUUAUUGGAUACAAACAUGCUUUUGAUUCCUUAAUUAAUCUUACACAAUUAAACUUGUGA